CCCCUUCCAUGGCCUGCCCGGGUCGGGGUUGAGUGAGCAGCAGAGAUUUGUAUCCUCCUCCUCCUCCGCCCGCGUUCCUCCUCCUCCUCCCUUGCGAAGGGGGACACAGCCCUCUCCGCUGUGUUGCUCUCACGCGGAAGGCGAGCCAUGGACAAGGUGAAAGUGCUGGAAGAACUGUUGCCAGAGAUAAGAUCCCUGCUGGUAAUGCUCGACAAAGAGCAUCUGAGCGGAGCUACCAAGGAGAAGAAGACGGUCGUGGUGGCGUUGAUGAGCAAGCUGCAGCCUCCAGAUGUGGAGGACAAAGAGUACAUUUACAUGAGCUAUGACCUUUCUAGAAACGGAACGAGCUUAUGGCAAGUUCUUGAACACUGCUGGCGUCCCACGGGCCACAAAUCAGAAGCAUCCCGCGCUCCGGCCAGACCUCAGAUCCCGCUGCCAGAGAUCCCACUGCCUCUACUGCUGGCGGAGGAGGGGGCCAGUCUGUCUGCUGGGGCAAACGAUGCUUAUGAAGUCGCUGACCCUUUAACCCCAAGUCGGGCGCCUCAAUACACCAUGUACAUGAACAGCAACGGAAUAAGCACGGGGCCUGUUCAGGAUGCGUUCUAUGAAGAGGCGGACGAGCGGCAGGUGCUGGCAAACAGCUGUCACCCCAAAAACCAUGACUCGGACGUGGCGAGCAGCUCCUACGAGUCGUACGACGACGAGGAGGAGGACGGCAAAGGGGAGACACUGACUCGGCAGUGGCCCUCUGAGGAGGCGUCCAUGAACCUGGUGAAGGACAGCCGCAUCUGCGCCUUCCUGCUGCGCAAGAAACGCUUUGGGCAGUGGUCUCGUCAGCUCUGCGUCAUCAAGGAGACUCACCUUCUGUGCUACAAGAGCUCGAAGGAUCAGCAGCCACUGCUGGACCUGCCGCUACUGGGCUGCAGCGUAGCAUACUCCCCCAAGGAUGUGAGGAAGCGCAAGUACGAGCUGCGGAUAAACGGGCCGCCCGGCACUGACGGCGUGGUGCUCGCCACACAAAGUCCCGAGCAGGCGGAGGAGUGGUUCAAGAUCAUCCGGGAGGUGUGCGGGGUGAGCGAAGGGACUGUGGACAUAGAUUGUCCAUCACCGACGUCCACGCUGUCAAGAGCGGAAACGGACAAGAGCUCUUCGUUGGAAAGAAACAUCGCAAUUGAAGAGGGAACAAUUGGCAAGAAUGGCUUAGAAGAAGUUAUCAUGAUGAAUGGAACUGAUGGCAAAGACAAAGACAAAAGCAAGCGCACGAGUCUGGCCGAACUCAAGGACUCGGUCAGCAAGGCCACAGGCAAGCGGAUCACUCGCUUCAUGGGGCUGGGCAAGAAGAAGAAGCUGUCGGAGGAGCCCUCCUCGUCGGAGGAGGAGUCCUCGGCAUGCGGAUACCUCCAGGUCCUCAUCGGGGGCCGGUGGCGUGAGCGGUGGUGCCAUAUUAAAGACGGCGCGCUCCACGUGCACAAGGAGCGAGGAGAGGGGCGCUCCGCAGUGGCCGUCCCCGCCAGCACCGUGCCGCUCGGCGGCUGCCAGCUGCUGCCCGGGAUGGACCCCAAGCACCCGUACGCGUUCCGCGUCCUGCGCGAUGGGCAGGAGGCCGUUGCACUGGAGGCGGGCUGCAACGCGGAGAUGGUUCGCUGGCUGGGGCUCGUGCUGUCGGAGGCCGGAGGAGGCACUGACCCCGUCAUUCUGCCCUACGACUACGUGGACAUCAACGCCCUCGGUCACGUCUUUGAGGCAGAGCAGGACGCCUGCAGCCGGACGUUACAGAGGUCUACGGCCGGGAAUGUUGAUUCCAAAACAAGUGUGAGACGGAACGCUUCGCUUAAUGGUCCCUACAAGCAGCCAAACAAGGAGGGGAAGGGGGAGGCGGGCAGACACGCUGCUCUGUCCCGCCAGCGCUCUGACCCUCUGCACUACCAGAGCCCCUCCCCGAGCACACGCCGAGCACAGGGUUUGGGGGGCAAGCCCCCCACGGGACCCAGUGCUGGUGACCAGGGGGGCAAGUCUCUGCCCAGGGAUCGCAGGCAGCAGGAUAAGAAGAUUUAUGUCACAGGCAGAAGAACAACUGUAAAACAGCAAGCGGCAGCGCUGAGCGAACAGAAGGAGAAACCGCAACAGAACGCAACUGUCAAGAGGAAUCCUUCCAACGCAGACUCGCAGCGUUACGGCAAGCAUCGUGCAGAGGCCGACGCGAAGAGGUUCCAGGCAGAAAAGGAGGAGUUGGAGAAAAAGAAGGAACGUCUCCGAUGCCAACUGGCACAACUCAAGACCCAGCGCAAGGAACUCAAGGAGGCUAUGGAGAAAUGCACGGGUGGUGGCAAGCAGCGGCUCGGGAGGCUGGAGGAGCGACUGCACAAACUCGAAGACGAGUGCCGGAUGCGCGAGCAGGAGCGUGUGGAGUUGGAGCUCAAGAUCACCGAGGUCAAGGAGAGCCUGAAAAAGGCCCAGGCCGGAGGUCCUUCGCUGGGUAUCACCAUCGACCCGAAGGUCGUGGGUUCCCCUCCUAUACAGAGUCCCCAGGUACAGAGGGUGAAGCGUGGCAGUUCCCUCGGCUCCAGUCCAGAGCCCAGCGACACAGAUAUGGCGAUGCUGCCCGUCAACUGUGCGGCCAUGCUCAAGAGGAAACAGAAUUCUGCACCGCAAACUGGUCGAGGCCACGUCAUUCAAAAGGCCAAGGAGUGGGAGAAGAAGGGGACAAACUGAGACGGGAUCCAAAGUGGAUGGUUAGACUGUGGCGGUGUGGCAUGCGGUAUAUCAACCACAAAAAAUAUCUAUAUUUUAAAAAACAACUUUGUGAAAACACUGACAAAAAAAUGUACGUCUAUGGAACUGCAGCCAAAUCAUCUCUGCUCAAAGUAAAGUGAUGUCUCUGAAAAUGAACUGACUUUUAUACAACGACGUGUGUUCUGCAGACAUUUCAUGGCGUGUAAAUCAAGCGUCGCUUUGCUUGUAUCUUGCUGUUUAAGAUACUCGUUAGUACAUGAGCUCAAGGUUGUCCUGUUGAGGAGAGGUGUACUGAUACAUUCAUUUGUUAGUUAAUAUCAGCUCUUAAGCUAACCAAUGUGUGCAUCAAAUCAUAUCCGCAUCAAAUCAUGUGUGCUAUCAAUGUUUAUCGAUUCACACAUCUUGUACAGAUGCUGCUGCGGUGAUGUAAUGGUUAGCUUACUGGACUUUCCAAAGGUCACCAGUUCAAUCUCCCUGUGUUUCAGUUGAAACGUUGGAUAUGUUUCUGAAAUCCCUUCCCCGGCUUCGGUCCAUCCGAGUCAUUUCAGCAGGUAGACCACAGUUCGUCCAUCGGCAGGUCACGUACAUAUGUACAUUGAACUUGUAUCGCACCGUACGUAGCCAACCGUGCUACUAGGUGUGGUCGGUCAAGUAUGGGUACUGCCACCUCUGCUAAAGACAUCUGGCCAGAGUGAAAGAGGAGAUAACAAAAAAAUAUCCUGCUGAGGGGGGUGCUCUCGAGCUCCCUCGAGUCCAGAAAUUGCACAAGCGAGCAAUUUCAGGGCUACACCUUUUACUUUUUAUAUCCUGCAUGGAAGGGUUUCACAUGACCCCCGCCCAGAGCAGCCACUCGUGCCCGCUACGGUUAUCAAAGCGUUCCAGAGAAUUGUCACCCCCACCCCACCCCCCCGCUAUUGCGUUUCUUGUCACGGUUUUUUCUUUCCACUCUGUGGACACGUAGCAACUGCCGCAAGUACUACGAUAAACAGCCGCUUUACGGGCGUAUUUGUGUUUGAAAGAUGUAGAUGUACGCGGUUUUUUUUCUACGUAUGCAAUAGUUCUGCCCCAUCCACAUGUUUUGUGGUGCAUUGCAUUGAAAGAAAUGCAAGGAUCACGUUUCAAUUUUUUUUUUUCGGGUUCGGACAACAGCUUUCUAAAUUAGACAGUUGUUAUGCAGUUGUAACCAGUGUUACUUCUGCACAAGUUUUGGCUGUUGUGCUGUGCAUACAUAAAUAUCCGAUUUGCGUUUGGGUUGCAUUUCCGGGUUGUGAUUUCUGACUCGAAGCUCGGCACGUGGAUCGUGCCGAGCAACGACGUCUCACUUGGCGCGUGUGCUCAGAAUUUCGCCAGGAACUGGAUUGAGUAGAUUCUCCCAGCACGUGGUAAGAAAUGUCGGACGUCGUGCCGAGCAAUACGGCGGUACAACCCGAAAACGAUCGGAGAGCUGAGCAACUGGUCUCGUUGGAAUCUUAAAACGUUGAACAUCGCAAUCUGUUCCCCCGUACUCUCGUAGUGCAGAUCGUUAUUUUAUCUGACAUUUUAACUUCAAACUGACAGCUUUGGGGUUUUCUUUAUUUUUAUUCUUCCUGUUUUGCUUUACUAUGUGCAAUUGUUAAUACAGUGAGGUGCCUUUUAUAGGUGAUAAUUUAAUAUUUAAUGUAAACGUUUAUAAUGCACUUACUCAACCAUCCCGAUUAGGAAUUGGUGCAUCAGUGAGAAGUCAUCAACGUUCAGAACUUGUAAUAAUUCAGCAGGUGUCUAUUAAAAAUACUAUCAAUGCGGUUUUUAAGAGUUUUUCCCAAUGUGCAUUGAGAUCUGGGCACAUUUCUGAUUGAAUUCAACAAAUAUAAAGAAGAUAUUUUUUAAUUUGUCUUUCGGUGCUAAUAUAAAUAUUUUUUUCGUGACACUCUGUGUGCAGUGCAUGGCUUGCAUCAGAGUAACACCCCCCAGACACUUGCGUAACAAAAACGACGAAAAUAAUUUAACCAACCUUUUGUAUGACCGUCCUUUGUCACGCUGGUCCGUGCGGGUCAGUGAGCUUGGGGAAGGGGUGGUGGGGGUGGGGUGUGCACAGGACCAGUUCAUAUAUAUUCUUGGUUCUUUCGAUAAAGUCACGUAAAUAGAAAACAAAAAAUCUAAAAAAUAAAUCAAAAUAAAAUACAAAUAAUGAAAUAAAAAAUACAUUUCAAAUAUUGAUUUUGAAGCUUUUGUGACUGCAGGAAUCCAUACUCUUCAGUACUUUCGGUAAAGUCACGUAGGUAUAAAAAUAAAAUAAAUCACGACGUUUCGGGCGCAACACAAGCGUCCAUCAUCAGGUGGGAAAGCGUGGCCUGCUGCUGAUGCAGACUGUUUUAAACGUCGUGAUUUAUUUUAUUUUUAUACCUACGUGACUUUACCGAAAGAACCAAAGAGUAUACAUUUCAAAUAAUAAAAGAAAAAAGCCCACGACGUUUCGAUUGCAACACAACCCGUCUUCAUCAGGCGGUUUUUUGCAUCGGGUGGGUUUUUUGCUUUAAUUAUUUUACAUUUAUUUUUCACUUUAUUUUUUUAUUUAAAUUUUAUUUUAGAUUUUUUGUUUUCUAUUUACGUGACUUUACCGAAAAAACCAAGAAUAUGAAUUCCUGCAGUCACGAAAGUUUGACGUCAAAAGUUCAUAUAUAGCUUGCUACUGAUGUGAGCCUUGACCGGGAACCAACUCAGGUCGUCAUCGCAUGGGGUAAAUAUCGCCCUUGCACCAGCACUCCCCCACCCCCCCUAUACACGUGUUAUGUUACAGUAAAUAUCAAGACCAAGAGCAGUGCAGACGUUAAAGCUAGUACACAGGGCUAUGCUAACUUGCUGAUUGUUUAAUUGGAGUUUCGUCAUCUCAACUGGGAUUUAUUGAGCUGAGGAAUGCUGAAUAUAUCAGAAGUUCUGAUAUAGUCUCAGCUUUUGAGAUGAUGCCACAAGGCACUGCACGCACUUCUGUGCUUAAUUCAAUAAGAGGAUGUUUUUUUCAACACAUUGCAAUGUGUAUUUUAUUCCACAGUCAUAGCUCACUCAUUCCUGGACAUUCAUGUUUUGGCUAGGUGUUACGUACUGAUCACAUUACUGACAUUUUUUAACUGUUUUAAAGUACUUUUUUUACAGAACAGAAAACGUUUACUGUCACUGGAUAACAUCAAGAUGAUGUUUGCAGGAAUGUAAACAUAAAAUUAGGAACAAGACAGAUCGUCACAACUGCCUGUUUAAAAGAAAUCUCAACAUACAUUUUUUGUUUAGACACGUUUUUGACAGAAUCGUUUUUUCCUUACCCUUACCUGUACAUAGUGUAUGCUGUAUAUAUUUCAUAUCUGUGUAGUGUUACUGUUAGCACAAUUACCACUGAAACAGUUUGUAUGGUUUUGACAGUGAGAAGCUGCUGCUGCUACCUAAAUAACUGAAAGAGAUCCAAAAUCAACCACCAACUCCUGUACAUAUUAGGCAUUAAGAAGCCUUGUCUCAACAUUUGUCAGAGUAGGUCAUCGUGUGCAGUUGUCAAUACCCAAAUUCCCAAUUUGUCAAAACAUUAAUAAAGAGGAAAAAAAUAUAAUAUAAAUAAUUUGACCACAAAAGUCUCAAUGAGUCUCAAGACCAUUUUGUUUCAUGAGGGCCAGGCUACAUGGUGAUGUUUGACCAAUACCAGAGGUGGGACAAAGUCAUUGUUAUGCAAGUCCAAGUCGAGUCUGAAGUCAUCAAAUUCAUGACUCGAGUCUGACUCGAGUCCAAGUCACAUGACUCGAGUCCACACCUCAGAGGUGGGACAAAGUCAUUGUUAUGCAAGUCCAAGUCGAGCCUGAAGUCAUCAAAUUCAUGACUCGAGUCUGACUCGAGUCCAAGUCACAUGACUCGAGUCCACACCUCAGAGGUGGGGUGGGACAAAGUCAUUGUUAUGCAAGUCCAAGUCGAGCCUGAAGUCAUCAAAUUCAUGACUCGAGUCUGACUCGAGUCCAAGUCACAUGACUCGAGUCCACACCUCAGAGGUGGGACAAAGUCAUUGUUAUGCAAGUCCAAGUCGAGUCUGAAGUCAUCAAAUUCAUGACUCGAUUCUGACUCGAGUCCAAGUCACAUGACUCGAGUCCACACCUCAGAGGUGGGACAAAGUCAUUGUUAUGCAAGUCCAAGUCGAGUCUGAAGUCAUCAAAUUCAUGACUCGAGUCUGACUCGAGUCCAAGUCACAUGACUCGAGUCCACACCUCAGAGGUGGGACAAAGUCAUUGUUAUGCAAGUCCAAGUCGAGUCUGAAGUCAUCAAAUUCAUGACUCGAGUCUGACUCGAGUCCAAGUCACAUGACUCGAGUCCACACCUCUGACCAAUACCAUAAACGAGUGAUUGACUUCACGUGGGAGGACACUAGAGAACGUGGAGAACCACCUCGGCAUGACCACACUGCAGUCCCACGCCGACAAUACCUGGCAAGCGCUGGUGUUCACCCAUCAAUGUACUAGCCAGGCCAAAGCCCUGCGAUCUGACGAGACCUAGUGCAUUUAUAGUGAUUUGGUCAAAAAAAAACGACAGACACGUGCAUCUCGCCCGUGCUUAACGUAUGCGUGUUGCUGUAGCAGUAGCGAUGGUUUACUUUGUCAUUGGUGUGUGUGUGAAUGAGCGUCUCACUCUCGGCUUUAGAGUUCUCUAAAACAAAACGUAGGUAUGUGUAUGUGUGUGUAGAAAGAUACACACAUGCUCGCUUCAACAUUGCCACCGGUGGCACCAAGUGAAACUGAUCAACAUGGUCAUUUUAGGAAGACUUAUAGGAAGUUCCAUUUCAGGGUAACCAAAGAAUUUGUGGAACAAUUUUUAGUUGUCAGAAUACAAGUGCCAAUUUUCAAUGAAGAGAUGCCAGUUUUUUUUCACACUGAUAUUUGACCAGUAAAAACCUCUUGGUGUGACCAUUCAAUUAUCGAAUUAUAUGUGAUGUAUCAGCCUGUGUCCAUGAUUAUGGCAGCGGUGUUUUAAAUGGAAAAACUUGUGGCUUUUUACAUUUACUCCAAUUUUUUCACGUGAAUUCUACAGUUAACAGACUGGCUUUCAUUGUACCUUCGUCAAUGUAAUUUUUUGCAAAUAUGUCCGUGUUAAUUGAUCUUCAGCCUCCUUAAAUAAUAGGUGAAUUAAUGGUAAAUACAACCCUUUAAAAUAUGGUUUACAUCUUCACAUGUAAAAAAACAUGAUUUUUGCUCAUUGAGAAAGUUUAUUAUGAGAAAAAGAUAUGUUUCAAAUGCAUAAAAAGAAUUGGUGUUAAAUAUUAAGCAAAAUAUGCUGUAUAAUGUAUAUGUUGAUUCUAUGUUUCUGUCGUUUUUAAAUAUAAGUUUUUCACACACAAUAUCAAGGUUUUAAUUAUUUUUUCAACAUCACUUCAUAAUUUCUAAACUGUUAUGGGAUUGUAAGUGUGUUUUUGUAUCAUAAAUUAAAAAGCUGUCUACCUUAACAGUGUCCUCAUUUCAUUUUGAAAAUGGUUGUACAUUUUGUUUAUGCGCUGUGA